CACCCAGACAGCUAGACAAACCGCUGGACCAUGACAACAAGAUGAGCGUUCCACGAGCGAGGUUGCUGGACCUCAUGAAGGCCCAAUGCCAAGUCUUCGCCACGACCUAUAAUCCCGACGGCAUCCGAAUGGGUAACAAGAUUUUGCGUCAACGGCUAAGAGGUCCUGCACUGGCUGCCUAUUAUCCGCCGAAAACCGCUACUCUCCAAGAUGUCCUCAACGAAUUCGGUCCUGAGCUUACGACCUUCGACGAGAAAGAGGAAGAUCGUCUUGAGCACAUCGUGGACCCGUGGCAAGAGCGCGCCGAAGAAGAAGAAGGGUCCAAAGCCCGACCCGAGGAAGAAAUAGACGAGGAAGACGAUCAUCUCUGUACACUACGAACACCUGUACCAUUAAUGCCGUGUUGAUGAAUACUCGGAUCCCCUUGAGACAAUGGAGGCGUCGGUUAGCG